GAGCCAGUGAUCUGACAUCCUUGAUUAUGGUGAUCGGGAUGGUGAUCAGUGCGUUUUUCGCUUCAGGUGUGUUAUUUUUUUAUUGAGCAGUUGGUGCAAGAUAGUGCCAACAAGCGCGCUUGAAUUUUGUCACAUCCUUUUCCCCUUGAACUUUUCCGAAUUCAACGAAAAUAAAAAUGGUAGGUGUCGGCGCGAUGGAUUCGGCACGCGACGGAUGGACGCAGAGAUGCGCACCGACAACAGAAUCGGAUGAUGGAUUGAUGCGAGCUGCACGGUAUUAAAAUGGCGGAAAUUCGAAUUCCCAUCUGCCCCGAACUCCAACAUAUAGGCUGCCCGCCCCGUUGUUUCUGUGUUUGGCCUGAACGGCUCCAAGCUCGACGCUACCGUCCCCCUCCCCGCGGUCUUCAAGGCCCCGAUCCGCCCGGAUCUUGUCCAGUUUGUUCACAAGAACAUGGCCAAGAACCACCGUCAGCCGUACGCUGCCAAGCAGCAGGCUGGUGAGGAGACCUCGGCCGAGUCGUGGGGUACCGGUCGCGCUGUUGCGCGUAUUCCCGUGUCUCGGGUGGUGGCCGCGUUCGGUAACAUGACUCGUGGUGGUCGCAUGUUCGCCCCCAACAAGGUCUGGCGCAAGUGGCACGUCCGCACCAACGUGAACCAGAAGCGUUACGCUACUGUGUCCGCUGUUGCUGCCUCGGGCGUCACCGCCCUCGUUGUCGGCCGCGGUCACCGCGUGCAGGCCAUCGAGGAGGUUCCUCUUGUCGUCUCGGCCGAGGUUGAGUCGAUCAAGAAGACCAAGGAGGCCACUGACGUGCUCAAGGCCCUCAAGGCCUACGCCGACGUCGCCAAGGUCAGCAACACCCGCUCGAUCCGUGCCGGCCGUGGCAAGCUGCGCAACCGCCGCCACCGCCAGCGCCGCGGUCCCCUGGUCGUCUACGCCGAGGACAACGGUAUCACCCACGCCUUCCGCAACCUGCCUGGUGUUGAGCUGAUUGACGUCACCCGCCUCAACCUGCUCCAGCUGGCCCCCGGAGGUCACCUUGGCCGCUUCGUGAUCUGGACCCAGCCCGCCUUCGAGGCUCUGGACAAGGUCUUCGGUACCGAGACUGAGGUCUCCGAGCAGAAGAAGGGCUACACCCUUCCCACCGCCGUCAUCUCCAACCCGGAUGUCGCUGGCCUCAUCGCCUCCGACGAGAUCCAGGCUGUUGUCCGCCCGGCCCAGUCGCGCUUCACCAAGCGCCCGUACACUCAGAAGAAGAACCCCCUGCGCAACUCGCAGGUUCUGGUCCGUCUGAACCCGUACGCCCAGGUUCUGCGCCGUGCCGAGAUCCUCGGCAAGAACAAGAAGACCACCAAGGCUGCCUACAAGAAGUCCGCUUCCAAGAAGUUCCUGGACAUCCUCAAGGCCGACUAA